CAUUGUUGGCUGCCAGUAGAAAGCGGUUUUCUGACUUUCUUAAAACACGCCUUCUCUUUCGCAGAUCUCAUCUACUUUCUCCUUUAAGGUUUCUUUCUUUCAUUUUAUCAGAACAAUUCUAUUCGAUCACUUGUUUUGCUUAACUUUUUUGCUCCCCAGGAUUAAUAAAACCUAGGGCCAGGGGUAACAAAUUCAAUUUUCUGAUCAAUGUUCAUCUUUUGUUGAGAUUGAAACACUUCGACUCGAGUGGCGUUUAGUUAUUUCAAAAUGGGGGGUGUUGUUCCCAUUUACUACCACAUCAUCGCCUUUCUAUGCACAGUUGGAGCUACUUCUCUGGCCGUUUUUCACAUCUACAGGCACCUUUUGAAUUACACUGAACCUACAUACCAGAGAUACAUCGUUCGCAUCAUUUUCAUGGUUCCUGUGUAUGCAUUAAUGUCUUUCUUGGCCCUUGUUUUACCUUAUAGUGCUAUAUAUUUCAACUCCAUUAGAGAAGUUUAUGAAGCUUGGGUCAUUUAUAAUUUCUUGUCAUUGUGUCUCGCAUGGGUGGGCGGCCCUGGAGCAGUUGUGCUAAGUUUAAGUGGUCGUGUUCUACAACCAUCAUUUUGUUUGAUGACGUGUUGCUUCCCUCCCAUACCACUUGAUGGGCGUUUUAUACGGAGGUGUAAGCAAGGUUGUUUACAAUUUGUAAUCUUAAAGCCAAUCCUCGUCGUCGUAACUCUCAUACUUUAUGCAAAAGGAAAAUAUAAAGAUGGAAAUUUUAGUCCAGACCAGGCAUAUCUUUACCUUACCAUCAUUUAUACAAUCUCAUACACUACCGCCCUUUAUGCUUUGGCAUUGUUUUAUAUGGCAUGCAGAGAUUUGCUACAUCCAUUCAAUCCCGUCCCAAAGUUCAUCAUCAUUAAAUCUGUUGUUUUCCUAACUUAUUGGCAGGGUGUUCUGGUUUUUCUUGCUGCGAAGUCUGCACUCAUAAAGAAUGCUGAUGAUGCUGCUGAUUUUCAAAAUUUUAUAGUAUGUGUUGAGAUGCUUAUAGCUGCUGUUGGUCAUUUUUUUGCAUUCCCAUACAAGGAGUAUGCUGGAGCAAAUAUUGGUGGCACUUGUGGUUUAACGGGAAGCCUUGCACAUGCAGUGAAGUUGAAUGACUUCUACCAUGACACUGUUCACCAGUUUGCUCCAACUUAUCAUGAAUAUGUACUCUACAACCACAGUGAGGGUGAUGAGGGAACAAAGAAGUACCGUUCUCGCACUUUUGUGCCAACUGGGCAGGAAAUGGAAGCUUUGAGAAGAAACAAACUGGAUGACAUACAGCUAUCAAGUGUUUCAUCUUCUGCUGCAAGCACUACUGAAAAUGAUUACGCAGAGUCUGAUAUAGCGAAGUCGUCAUUGCUUGUAGAUACCUCAAAUUUGUUAUCUGUGCCAUAUGACCUGUCAGUUAUUGAUAUUGACAUGUCCAGUUACCCAGCCGAAGUUCCUGCAGCAAAUGAAACUGAGACUCGGUGACAAGAAUGAAGAUUCCAUUGCAGAUGGGUAAGUAGAGUGUCAAUACUAGGAAACAAAAGAGUUGUGUGUCAGAAACCAUAUUUGCCUGCGGCAGGCCUUGUUUGUCUAAUUGUGUGCUAAAAUGCUGUGAAAUGACUAAGAGGGUAAAGCCCUUAGUUGUCUCUCUCAUGUGGUUUCAAGAAUUGUGAUCACCGAUAGAAAGCCCCCAACAAAAAUUUGGCUCCUAAUAUUUCUCCACUGGUGUCUAGUAUUGUUACCACUUACCAUUGCCAUUGUAGAUAUGUCUUUCCAUUGUCGUACUCGCUAAAUCAUUACUUCAGUCACAACAUUAGUUUUUGAAAUUACAAGAUUAAUCAUUUAAAUUUGUACUUA